AUGGAGGGCGCUUCGGUGCAGACGAUACCGUCCGUACUGGCUGCCGGGGGGUAUUUGCAGCACUCGCUGGUGCGUGUGGAGUUAACGAACGGCAUAGUCUUGACGGGGCGCGUUCUCCAGCUUGACGCGGCGACAAUGAACAUGAAGCUGGACGCCGUCACGGACACCGCCGUUUGCCGUCGCCGCUGCGGCGAGGAGGGCGGAACGGUGGAGUGGGAAACGGAUCCGGCGGCCCUGCGGUGCACCAGCAGCGUGGUCCUCCGUGGCUGUCACGUUCGCUACAUCGACUUCGUCGACGAGGAGGCCGGUGGUGGCGGUGGUGGUCGUGGGCUGCAGGAGUUGACAGCGGCGGUGCGUGCGGUGCGGCCGGCCCUCGUCUGA